GUGUCAAGACGAGAAUUUUAUAUUGACUUGCUAUUCAAUUGAAUAGUUUAUAGAACAGUGGAAGAUGUGUCAAUCAGUAGCGGAUUUUUACGCUGGAAAAAGCAUUUUUAUCUCUGGUUGUACAGGAUUCUUGGGGAAAGUUCUCUUAGAGAAAAUACUCUACAGCUGUUCCGAUGUUAAAAAAGUCUACAUACUUCUUAGAGCAAAGCGGGGAUUGACAAUUCAAGAGCGUCUUAAGACUAUGCUAGAGCUGCCGGUAUUUUCAAGACUUAAUAGUGAGAAAGCGAAACUUUUGGACAAAAUAGAACCGAUAGUCGGUGACGUAAGUCAGGACGGACUUGGAAUCUCCCCAGAAGACAAAGUAACACUUAUUAAUGAGGUAUCGUACGUAUUUCAUUCGGCUGCAUCGAUCAAGUUUAUCGAGCCGCUACACGAUUUGCUUAACAUCAACGUCAAGGGUACUGAGAGAGUAUUAUCUUUAUGUCAAUGUAUGGAGAAGCUUGAGGUCCUCGUUCACGUUUCAACAGCGUAUUCAAAUACACACAAAAUAUUUAUUGAAGAGAAAGUUUACCCAUCACCCAUCCCUCUGAGCAUGGUUGAUCAAUUGAUAAAAGAACAGCCAGAUGAAGAGAGAACUAAAAUGAUAACAAAAGACGAACCAAACGCAUAUACAUUCUCAAAGAAAGUGGGAGAGGCUUUGCUGGCGGAAAAACAUGGUCACGUUCCCGUUAUUAUUAUAAGACCUUCAAUUGUAACUGCAAGUUUAUCAGAACCGAUGCCAGGGUGGAUAGAUAAUUGGAAUGGAGCAACUGCUUUAAUUGGAACUACCAGUAAAGGCAUCCUAAGGGUUAUACCCGGGAACGGACGCAACGUUUUGGAUCUUAUACCAGUCGACUAUGUCGUUAAUCUCACAGUUGUAGCGGCUACAACGAAAAUACUGCCACAAAGUGUAAAUGUUUACGCUUGUGCUACAAGUACAGAGAAUCCUUUGACGUUGAGGAACGUAUUAAAUCUGACCACAAUAAGUUGUAAAAUAAAUAAAUUUAAUGAACUGCCAUUUCCUGGAGUUUACUUUACAAACUCCAAAUUGCUUCUGGUUUUCUUAUCGGCUGUCCUACAAACUUCUCCUUUAUCACUGGCUGAUGCUCUGUUACGGAUGAAAGGAAAAGAUCCUAAAUACCGCAAAAUACUGCGCAAAAUAGAACAAGUCCGCGAUGUUUUAGAAGUCUUCACGACAAACUCUUGGAAGUUCAGCACGAUGAACAAUUACUGUCUCUUCUCAUCUCUAUCGCCGAGUGAUCAAAAGACCUUCCCUUUUAGUCCAUCAUUAAUAAAUUGGUCAGAGUAUAUUCCUAUAUACUUCGACGGAAUGAUUAAAUAUCUAUGUAAGAAAAACCGGGUGUCAUCUGCGAUAGAGAAGCCGAGAGUAAAGACGAAAAUUUUUAAAUUGACUCGCUAUUCAAUUUUACUGUUUAUACAAAAGUGUGAGAUGUAUCGAUCAGUAGCAGAGGCUUACGCCGGAAAAAGUAUAUUUAUCACUGGCUGUACAGGAUUCUUGGGAAAAGUUCUCUUAGAGAAAAUACUCUACAGUUGUUCCGAUGUUAAAAAAGUCUACAUACUUCUUAGAGGGAAGCGGGGAUUGACAGUUCAAGAGCGUCUUAAGACUAUGUUGGAGCUACCCGUAUUUUCAAGACUUACUAGAGAGAAAGCGAAACUUUUGGACAAAAUAGAACCGAUAGUCGGUGACGUAAGUCAUGACGGACUUGGAAUCUCCCUAGAAGACAAAGUAACACUUAUUAAUGAGGUAUCGUACGUAUUUCAUUCGGCUGCAUCGAUCAAGUUUAUCGAGCCGCUACACGAUUUGCUUAACAUCAACGUCAAGGGUACUGAGAGAGUAUUAUCUUUAUGUCAAUGUAUGGAGAAGCUUGAGGUCCUCGUUCACGUUUCAACAGCGUAUUCAAAUACACACAAAAUAUUUAUUGAAGAGAAAGUUUACCCAUCACCCAUCCCUCUGAGCACGGUUGAUCAUUUGAUAAAAGAACAGCCAGAUGAAGAGAGAACUAAAAUGAUAACAAGAAACGAACCAAACGCAUAUACAUUCUCAAAGAAAGUGGGAGAGGCUUUGCUGGCGGAAAAACAUGGUCACGUUCCCGUUAUUAUUAUUAGACCUUCAAUUGUCACUGCAAGUCUAUCAGAACCGAUUCCAGGGUGGAUAGAUAAUUGGAAUGGAGCAACUGGUUUAAUUGGAACCAUUGGAAAAGGCAUCCUAAGGGUUAUGCCCGGGAAUGGACGCAACGUUUUGGAUCUUAUACCAGUCGACUAUGUCAUUAAUCUCACAGUUGUAGCAGCUACAAAGAAAAUACUUCCACAAAGUGUAAAUGUUUACGCUUGUGCUACAAGUACAGAGAAGCCUUUGACGUUGAAUAACUUAAUACAUUUGGCUUCAAUAAGCUGUAAAAGAAAUAAAUUUAAUGAACUGCCAUUUCCUGGAGUUUACUUCACAAACUCCAAAUUGCUUCUGGUUUUCUUAUCGGCUGUCCUACAAACUUCUCCUUUAUCACUGGGUGACGCUCUGUUACGGAUGAAAGGAAAAGAUCCUAAAUACUGCAAAAUACUGCGCAGAAUAGAACAAGUCCGCGAUGUUUUAGAAGUCUUCACGACAAACUCUUGGAAGUUCAGCACGAUGAACAAUUACUGUCUCUUCUCAUCUCUAUCGCCGAGUGAUCAAAAGACCUUCCCUUUUAGCCCAUCAUUAAUAAAUUGGUCAGAGUAUAUUCCAAUAUACUUCGACGGAAUUAUAAAAUAUUUAUUUAAGGAAGUCCCUAUCUCAUCUACGUAGAUUAUAUUUAUAUAUAUUAUGUCAAUAUAAUUAGCAUAUGUGAAGCAUAUCAUAACAUUUG